AUGACUAUUUAUAAUAACUUAUCUCUUCAGUCGGAAGACGCGGUAAACAAAGUAAUCAGGACAAACGCGGAGGAUAUUCCUGAGGAAUGGGCACCGUGGAAUCUUGUGGUUUGCACGAAAAAUCCAAACGCGCCACCUCCCGUUGCGGUCAGAACUCCUGGACCGGCUUGGGACAUAGGCCAGGUCACCAAAGCCGCUCGUCUACUUUUCAAACCACCAAUGGAAGUUGAGUUUGCUGAUGAACAAGAAAUGCGCUGCGUUUAUUCCCUCAUUUAUGAUGUAUUUAGAUAUAAGUCCAUACUAGACCAGGCUAUCGAGGGAGUCGCUUUUUUUGAAGACUUUCCGCAGUUUGCCGAACAUCAUCACAUCGUAUGGUUAUUUCUUAUGGAGCUGGCACGGCGCAAAUGGACCGCUAGGACAAGAGAGGAACUGGAACGAACUGCAAAACUUCUCAACGAAGCUGGGUUCCCUUUCAAAGACAUUGAGAAUGUGAUUUGGGAGCAGAGAGUACAUUUUGCGGCAGCCAUCGCCAGGAUUCGCAUUAAGAAUAGAGCCUACUCGUAA